ACCGGUCUACUUGGUUCGGUUGAGAAGACGUCUGGUGGUGGGGGUGUAUCUUUGGUGCAGAAAAGGCGAGAAGGGAACAGAGGCUGGAAUUUUUUUUUUCCAAGAACUGCAGAAUACAGUCGUGUUGAGAGGGUUAGUUGGUUAUUUGUGUUCAGUUUCCCAGGUUUUUUCACUGCACCAGGUGGCCUGUUCUCUUCUGGUAUUUGGAGAUGGCACAGCGGAGUGGGCAGGAGGACCCAGAGCGGUACCUCUUUGUGGACCGGGCGGUCGUAUACAACCCGGCCACGCAGGCCGACUGGACGGCCAAGAAGCUGGUGUGGAUUCCAUCGGAGCGGCAUGGCUUCGAGGCGGCCAGCAUCCGGGAGGAGCGUGGGGAUGAGGUCCUGGUGGAGCUGGCCGAGAACGGCAAAAAGGCCAUGGUCAACAAGGACGACAUCCAGAAGAUGAACCCGCCCAAGUUCAGCAAGGUGGAGGACAUGGCUGAGCUGACCUGCCUGAACGAGGCCUCCGUGCUGCACAACCUCAAGGACCGCUACUACUCCGGCCUCAUCUACACCUACUCUGGACUUUUCUGCGUGGUCAUAAACCCCUACAAAAACCUGCCCAUUUACUCAGAGAAUAUCAUUGAAAUGUACAGGGGUAAAAAGCGCCACGAAAUGCCGCCCCACAUCUACGCCAUCUCGGAGUCCGCCUACAGAUGCAUGCUCCAAGAUCGGGAGGACCAAUCAAUUCUUUGCACAGGUGAAUCGGGUGCUGGGAAGACAGAAAACACCAAAAAGGUCAUUCAGUACCUGGCUCACGUCGCUUCCUCCCACAAGGGAAGGAAAGACCACAACAUUCCUCCUGAAUCGCCUAAACCAGUGAAACUCCAGAGUGGAUCCCUGUUCUAUGGCGAGUUGGAACGUCAGCUUCUGCAAGCCAACCCUAUCCUCGAAUCCUUUGGCAAUGCCAAGACGGUGAAAAAUGACAACUCUUCACGUUUUGGCAAGUUCAUCCGGAUCAACUUCGACGUCACCGGCUACAUCGUCGGCGCCAACAUCGAAACUUACCUGCUGGAGAAAUCCAGAGCCAUCCGCCAAGCCAAAGACGAGCGAACCUUCCACAUCUUCUACCAGCUGCUGGCCGGGGCCGGAGAGCACCUGAGAUCUGAUCUGCUGCUGGAAGGGUUCAACAGCUACCGCUUCCUGUCCAAUGGCAACAUUCCCAUCCCGGGCCAGCAGGACAAGGACAACUUCCAGGAGACCAUGGAGGCCAUGCACAUCAUGAGCUUCUCCCAUGACGAGAUCCUGUCCAUGCUAAAGGUGGUGUCCUCAGUGCUGCAGUUCGGGAACAUCGUCUUCAAGAAGGAGAGGAACACAGACCAGGCCUCCAUGCCCGAGAACACAGCUGCCCAGAAGCUGUGCCACCUGCUGGGGAUGAACGUGAUGGAGUUCACCCGUGCCAUCCUGUCCCCGCGAAUCAAGGUCGGCAGAGACUACGUCCAGAAAGCGCAGACCAAAGAGCAGGCGGACUUUGCAGUGGAGGCGCUUGCGAAGGCCACCUACGAGAGGCUGUUCCGCUGGCUCGUUCACCGCAUCAACAAAGCCCUCGACAGGACCAAACGCCAGGGAGCCUCCUUCAUAGGCAUCCUGGACAUCGCCGGGUUUGAGAUCUUCCAGCUGAACUCCUUUGAGCAGCUCUGCAUCAACUACACCAACGAGAAACUGCAGCAGCUGUUCAACCACACCAUGUUCAUCCUGGAGCAGGAGGAGUACCAGAGGGAGGGCAUCGAAUGGAGCUUCAUCGACUUCGGCCUGGACCUGCAGCCCUGCAUCGACCUCAUCGAGAGGCCGGCUAACCCCCCCGGCGUCCUCGCCCUUCUGGAUGAGGAGUGCUGGUUCCCCAAGGCCACGGAUAAGACCUUUGUGGAGAAGCUGGUGCAGGAACAGGGCACCCACCCCAAGUUCCAGAAGCCGCGGCAGCUGAAGGACAAGGCCGACUUCUGCAUCAUCCACUACGCCGGCAGGGUGGACUACAAAGCGGACGAGUGGCUCAUGAAGAACAUGGACCCCCUGAAUGACAACGUGGCCACCCUCCUGCAUCAGUCCACCGACAAGUUUGUGGCGGAGCUGUGGAAGGAUGAGAUUCAGAUUAUUCAAAGAGCCUCUUUCUAUGACAAUGUUUCUAGUCUCCAUGACCCUCCAGUGGACCGCAUCGUCGGCCUGGACCAGGUGGCCGGGAUGAACGAGACCACCUUCGGGGCCACGUACAAGACCAAGAAGGGCAUGUUCCGCACCGUGGGGCAGCUGUACAAGGAGUCCCUCACCAAGCUGAUGGCCACGCUGAGGAACACCAACCCCAACUUUGUCCGCUGCAUCAUCCCCAACCACGAGAAGAGGGCGGGUAAACUGGACCCCCACCUUGUUCUGGACCAGCUGAGGUGUAAUGGUGUUCUGGAGGGCAUCCGUAUCUGCAGGCAGGGCUUCCCUAACCGCAUCGUCUUCCAGGAGUUCCGGCAGAGAUAUGAGAUCCUCACUCCUAAUGCAAUCCCCAAGGGCUUCAUGGAUGGCAAGCAGGCCUGUGAGAGGAUGAUCCGCGCCUUGGAGCUGGACCCCAACCUGUUCCGGAUCGGACAGAGCAAGAUCUUCUUCCGCGCCGGGGUCCUGGCACACCUGGAGGAGGAGCGAGACCUGAAGAUCACCGACAUCAUCAUCUACUUUCAGGCUGUGUGCCGAGGCUACCUGGCCCGCAAGGCCUUUGCUAAGAAGCAGCAGCAGCUCAGCGCCCUGAAGGUGCUGCAGAGGAACUGCGCCGCGUACCUGAAGCUGCGGCACUGGCAGUGGUGGCGGCUCUUCACCAAGGUGAAGCCGCUGCUCCAGGUGACACGCCAGGAGGAGGAGAUGCAGGCCAAGGACGAGGAGCUGAUCAAGGUGAAGGAGAAGCAGAGCAAGGUGGAGAGUGAGCUGGUGGAGAUGGAGAGGAAGCACCAGCAGCUCCUGGAGGAGAAGAACAUCCUGGCGGAGCAGCUGCAGGCGGAGACGGAGCUGUUCGCCGAGGCGGAGGAGAUGCGCGCCCGCCUGGCCGCCAAGAAGCAGGAGCUGGAGGAGAUCCUGCACGACCUGGAGUCCCGCGUGGAGGAGGAGGAGGAGCGCAACCAGAGCAUGCAGAACGAGAAGAAGAAGAUGCAGGCGCACAUCCAGGACCUGGAGGAGCAGCUGGACGAGGAGGAGGCGGCCAGGCAGAAGCUGCAGCUGGACAAGGUGACGGCCGAGGCCAAGAUCAAAAAGAUGGAAGAGGACAUCCUGCUUCUGGAAGACCAGAACUCCAAAUUCAUUAAGGAGAAGAAGCUCCUGGAGGACCGAAUCAGUGAGAUGACCUCACUGCUCACUGAGGAAGAAGAGAAAGCCAAGAACCUGGGCAAGGUGAAGAACAAGCAGGAGAUGAUGAUGGUGGACCUGGAAGAGCGGCUGAAGAAGGAGGAGAAGACGCGGCAGGAGCUGGAGAAGGCCAAGAGGAAGCUGGACGGGGAGACCACUGACCUACAGGACCAGAUCGCCGAGCUGCAGGCCCAGAUAGAGGAGCUCAAGAUCCAGCUGGCCAAGAAGGAGGAGGAGCUUCAGGCCUCACUGGCCAGGGGUGAUGAGGAGGUGGCCCAGAAGAACAACGCUCUGAAGCAGGUGCGGGAGCUGCAGGCCCAGCUGGCCGAGCUGCAGGAGGACCUGGAGUCGGAGAAGGCGGCCAGGAACAAGGCGGAGAAGCUGAAGAGGGACCUGAGCGAGGAGCUGGAGGCCCUGAAGACGGAGCUGGAGGACACGCUGGACACCACCGCGGCCCAGCAGGAGCUCAGGACCAAGCGUGAGCAGGAGGUGGCAGAGCUCAAGAAGGCCAUCGACGAGGAGACCAAGAACCACGAAUCUCAGAUCCAGGAGAUGAGGCAGAGACACUCCACGGCCCUGGAGGAGCUGUCUGAACAGCUGGAGCAGGCCAAGAGGUUCAAGUCCAACCUGGAGAAGAACAAGCAGACCCUGGAGAGUGACAACAAGGAGCUGGCGACCGAGGUGAAGGGCCUGCAGCAGGCCAAGGCCGAGUCGGAGCACAAGAGGAAGAAGCUGGAGGCCCAGCUGCAGGAGUUCAUGGCCCGGGUCACCGAGGGGGAGAGGUCCAAGAGCGAGCUGGCCGACCGCACCCACAAGCUGCAGACGGAGCUGGACAAUGUCUCCACGCUGCUGGAGGAUGCAGAGAAGAAGGGAAUCAAACUGGCCAAGGAUGCAGCCAGCCUGGAGAGCCAGCUCCAGGACACGCAGGAGCUGCUGCAGGAGGAGACCCGUCAGAAGCUGAACCUGAGCAGCCGCAUCCGGCAGCUGGAGGAGGAGAAGAACGCCCUGCAGGAGCAGCAGGAGGAGGAGGAGGAGGCGCGCAGGAACCUGGAGAAGCAGCUGGCCACCCUGCAGGCCCAGCUGGUGGACACCAAGAAGAAGCUGGAGGAUGACGUGGGGACGAUGGAGGGGCUGGAGGAGGUCAAGAAGAAGCUGCAAAAGGACGUGGAGAGCACCACCCAGAGGCUGGAGGAGAAGGCCCUGGCCUUCGACAAGAUGGAGAAGACCAAGAACCGCCUGCAGCAGGAGCUGGACGACCUGAUGGUGGAUCUGGACCAUCAGAGGCAGAUUGUCUCCAACCUGGAGAAGAAGCAGAAGAAGUUUGACCAGAUGCUGGCGGAGGAGAAGAACAUCUCUGCGCGCUACGCGGAGGAGCGAGACCGGGCGGAGGCGGAGGCCCGGGAGAAGGAGACCAAGGCCCUGUCCAUGGCCCGCGCCCUGGACGAGGCCCUGGAGGCCAAAGAGGAGUUCGAGAGGCUCAACAAGCAGCUGCGCGCCGAGAUGGAGGACCUGAUGAGCUCGAAGGACGACGUGGGGAAGAACGUGCACGAGCUGGAGAAGUCCAAGCGCACCCUGGAGCAGCAGGUGGAGGAGAUGCGCACCCAGCUGGAGGAGCUGGAGGACGAGCUGCAGGCCACGGAGGACGCCAAGCUCAGGCUGGAGGUCAACAUGCAGGCCAUGAAGGCCCAGUUCGACAGGGACCUGCAGGCCCGCGACGAGCAGAACGAGGAGAAGAAGAGGAUGCUGGUCAAGCAGGUGAGGGAGAUGGAGGCGGAGCUCGAGGACGAGCGUAAGCAGCGAGCCCUGGCCGUGGCCGCUAAGAAGAAGAUGGAGAUGGACCUCAAAGACCUGGAGGCCCAGAUCGAGGCGGCCAACAAGGCCCGCGACGAAGCCAUCAAACAGCUGCGCAAGCUCCAGGCCCAGAUGAAGGACUACCAGCGGGAGCUGGAGGAGGCCCGCGCCUCCCGUGACGAGAUCUUCACCCAGUCCAAGGAGAACGAGAAGAAGCUCAAGAGCCUGGAAGCCGAGAUCCUCCAGCUGCAGGAGGACCUGGCGGCCUCCGAGCGGGCACGCCGCCACGCCGAGCAGGAACGCGAUGAGCUGGCCGAUGAGAUCUCCAACAGCGCCUCGGGCAAGUCAGCCCUGCUGGAUGAGAAGCGGAGACUGGAGGCGCGCAUCGCCCAGCUGGAAGAGGAGCUGGAGGAGGAGCAGAGCAACAUGGAGCUCCUGAAUGACCGCUUCCGGAAGACCACCAUGCAGGUGGACACCCUGAACACGGAGCUGGCGGGCGAGCGCAGCGCCGCCCAGAAGAGCGAGAACGCCCGGCAGCAGCUGGAGCGCCAGAACAAGGAGCUGAAGGCCAAGCUGCAGGAGCUGGAGGGCUCCGUCAAGUCCAAGUUCAAGGCCACCAUCACCGCCCUGGAGGCCAAGAUCGCCCAGCUCGAGGAGCAGCUGGAGCAGGAAGCCAAGGAGAGAGCUGCCGCCAACAAGAUAGUGCGGCGCACAGAGAAGAAGCUGAAGGAGGUGUUCAUGCAGGUGGAGGAUGAGCGUCGCCAUGCCGACCAGUACAAAGAGCAGAUGGAGAAAGCCAACUCCAGGAUGAAGCAGCUGAAGAGGCAGCUGGAGGAGGCGGAGGAGGAGGCCACCCGAGCCAACGCCUCCCGCAGGAAACUGCAGAGGGAGCUGGAGGACGCCACCGAGGCCAGCGAGGGGCUGAGCCGGGAGGUCAACACCCUGAAGAACCGCCUGAGGCGCGGAGGCCCCAUCAGCUUCUCCUCCAGCCGCUCCGGCCGCCGCCAGCUCCAGAUCGAGGGCGCCUCCCUCGAGCUGUCGGACGACGACGCGGACAGCAAGGCCAGCGACGUCAACGAGACGCAAGCCGCCCAGCCCGAGUAGAGGCCACACCCCUGAACCAGCCAGCCAGCCAGCCAGCAUGCAACAGCGCCAUCAGCCUCCCCUGUCCAAGACGCCAGCGCAGCAGGGAGACCCUCCCCCCAGCUCCUCCGAGGGGGAAACAACUCUGCCUUACUCUAUACUGGCAAGCUGAAAGGCUGAGCAAAAUCAUUGAUCUAUAUUGCGUCUUAAUAUAGCUCUAGCCUUGGAAUAAUGUACUCUGCUUAAGAAAAAUAUAGGUACAAGUGCAUUUUACGUAUGAACUGCGUGUGCGUGUACAUGUAUGUAUGUAUGUAUGUAUAUAUACACAUGUAUUGCACAUGCACUCAAACAGAAUAAAAGGAGUGAUUCACUUUUUGUGCCCUCACAGAUACACGAUAUAAAGCCAUCUCCUAGCUAAGUAGGCCUAAUAGCCCCUGUGCUUUCGACGAACGAUAGUCCCAUUCAAAGACAGGUUACUCGCAGGUGGAUCCCUGGCCAUUAUUAUUGCAUGCGUCUCUGAUGUACAGACCAUUAAGCUUUCAUUGCAAACACAACAAAAAUAAGGCUUGCAACCGAGUUGUGUUUCAAACCUGUUCUGAAGCGGACUGGAAAAUUCAAACUGUGAAAGAAAGAAAAAAAUUACAAAAAAAAAAAAAAAAAAAAGAUUCUGCAAAAGCAUUUCUCAACACAGGAAUAAAUUACUGAAAAGUAAUAUUAGGAAUCUUACUGAGGUAUUCCAUUUUUUUUUUGACUAAUUAACACUUUUAUAUUGUUUCUGUCCAAGAGGAAAGAAUUAGCAUGCUUUUGGAAUGUGGUUAGGGGAGUUCUAAAUUGCUGGUGGUAUUGCCAUAUGGACAGUAGCUAUAAGCUGUGCUCCACUGAGGAAUGCUAUUUGUAGUAAGUGCGGCAUCGGAAACUGGAACGUGUCCGACAGGCAAACAUCAGCUCUCCACCCAUGCCUUGGUGAACGGUCAUAUGCAGAAUUUUUUUUUUUCUUCUUCUACAAAACCGCUGUGCCUCACAGCACUCCAACCCCCUACCCCCAAAAAAAGCAUUGAAAUACAGGUACGACAUUUAGAAACCUUUUCCCCCCUUCUCUUCAACAGCACUCUGUAACAAUAGUUGAAACACUUAUUUGAUGAAUGAGUUUGAAAGGAUUUCAUCCACUCUCUCAAAGUGAGGGGGUUCAUCUUGUGUGUUGGUUGCAAGUAAACCACCUUCUGAUCUGAUCACUGUAGUCUCAGCACCCCCCUGCUUCUCUAGCAGUGAGUAGAACCCCUCCUCCUUUCUUAGCCAGACCCCUUCCACUCAUGUAUUUUUUUUUUGCAAGGAGAGUUGCAUCUCAAAGCUCAAUACGAAGCCACUAUAAGUCUAGCUGCGUGGGUAUUCACAUGCCAGAAUCUGCAUAUCUGUCAUUGCUAUUAGCCUUUUUUUCUGUAUUAAAGGUAAUGUACAAAACUCAACUCAUUUAUUCUGUUAGUAAUAAGAUGUUUCUUUAAAAAGUGCCUUAGACACUACAUAAGAAAGCAUUAGCGAAAAGGUUUACAUAUAUGUAUUUAUUAGACAUGCAUAUAUGUACUACUGGUAUGUGCAAACCUAACAUUGACAAAACAGGUUAAAAAAAAAUACACAACUUUUUUUUAUUUUAUUUUGCUGUGCUUCAUAUCAUACAUUAUGUACCUCUUUGGUUCUAGUGAUCAGAUAGAUAGUAUGUGGAUAUGAAUCAGUGUUAUUAACUGUAUGAAAUGUUGAGCCUUCUGUCCUUCGGACAGGAAGUUUUGUGAUUUCAUUUGGUUAAAAGCUUUAACAUCCAUGAGGUAGUUAUAUUAUUGGACUGGCUGUUGACAACCAGGCAUUCAACUACAAAUAUCUCCUUUUAUUUCUUGUA